UAGAAGCUUCUGCUCUCACUGUCAAGUUAGCGAGCGUCUAGUGUUUGUCAGGUUGCCCCGUAUUGAUUGGAAAGCCUUCCGCGGAGUUCUGCACACACAUCUGCACGGAACGUUGUAACAGAACGGACUCUUAAGAAAUAAUUUUGUUUUAAAAAAUAUUGGAUAUUAUCCACAAUAAACCUUGUUUUUUGUUUGGAUUAUCUUCACUGUCGUGAACGAGAUUAACAUAUAAAAAUGGCUUCUGAAAUCAGGAAAGAAAAGAAAAAGAUGUCCAUGAGGAAAGGUGACAUUGUUAUCCAGAACACCCCACGAGGAAGUAUGGGUGGUGUUGGAACUAUGACAAUGUCUUCGACAUCCAGACGAAGCAAUGUGAUGGGUGGUGGUUACGGUGGUGGUAUGAUGCUACCAACAGGUGAAGCAUCAAACCUCAGCAAACAGGCCGUGCAGACUGUGAAAGGUGUGAGGGGCAAAGAGAAAAGGGAAAUGUGCGAUCUUAACGGUAGGCUCGCUUCGUACCUGGAAAAAGUAAAGUUCUUAGAAGCAACCAAUAAGGCACUUUCCGAGGAAUGUGAAAAGUUAAGGAAGAUUAAAGGUAUCACUGGCGAGAGAAUACGAGAAGAAUACGAAGAAGAACUGAAAGAAUGCAGGGAGGCACUAGAGGAGGCAAACAAAGAAGUAGCUCCAUUGCAAUCUAAAAUUCUCUCACUUGAAGACAAAGUGGAAUCAUUGGUCGAGGAAAAUGAUGGUUUAAGGAAAAAUAUUGAAGAUCUCCAAGGUCAGAUCGAGAAGCUAAACGCGUUGCUAGGCGAGCACGAGGCUGAGACGCUAACUCUCAGACGACAAUGCGAAAGUCUGGCGAAGGAACGCGAUAACUGGAAGAAAGAGGCUCUCGGUCUCCGUGAUGACAAUAACAGACUCAGAAGUGACUUGGAAGCUGCUAGAACUAGACAAAUCAAUGCUGAGAAUGAAAGAGACAGAUAUAUGGAAGAAUGUGAUUUCAUUAAAACCACCACUGAUAUAGAAAUUAAUGAGCUCAGAGACUUGCUCAGCAAACUUCAAGGUAUCCAGCCACAAAUUGAGCAGAUGUGGAAAUCUGAAUUCCAGUCGACACUUCUUGACUUACAGGCACACUUCGACACGCAGCUAGAGGAGAUGCAGAAUGAGCAGAGAAUGAGAUAUGAAGAUAAACUCGCAAGUAUGCAACAAAACUUACGUAGGGACAAUACGGAUUCAACAAAUACGAAAAUAGAAAAUAAACAGCUGAAGGACCAAAAUAAAGCCCUAAAAGACCGAUUGAAUGAUCUCGAAAGGGAGAACGAGUCCCUGAGAAGGCAGCUUGCAAGCUUAAAGGCACAGCACGAGAGGGAUUGCGAGGAUUGUGAGAAAGAAAAGAACGAUUUGAGACAGAAAAUCAUGGGCUUGGAAGCAGAAAUUGCAGAUAUUAGCGCCGACUUGGAAGAUUUACAGUCCAGCAAGUUGGACCUUGACCUUGAGAUCGCCUGCUACAAGAAACUUAUGGAAGGAGAAGAAAACAAGAUUAGAAGAACUUUGGAGGACACACAGAAUAUGCAAAGUUCUGGUGGAGCAAGUUUGUCUAGUAUAAUUUCCAAGGGAGUUAGUGGCGGCGGUGGCCAAAGUUCACAAUCGUCCAACCCCGUUGUUAGUAUGAGUCAGUCACAUGGCAAAGUACAAGUGUCUAGAAACUCACAAUGCGAUAUCCAAAUCCAGGAGUGUUCCCAGGGCGGAAGUUACAUUGUCUUAGCUAACUCUUCCAGUAAGGACUUCAACUUGAAAGACUGGACCCUGGUCCGAGAAUUCAAAAAACGUGGUGAGGACAGGAAGGGAUCGUAUAAAUUCAGCAAUCUUGUCUUGAAACCAGGAAAAUCCGUGAAGGUGUAUUCAUUCAAUGACAGAGAUGAUUACGAGGCUGAUAAGGCGGACAAGAGUAUCAACUACGAGGUUUGUGUCGGAGAUGAAAUUAACUGCAGAACAUUUGGCUCUGGUAAUGGAACAGCCAGGCUUCUAAAUCCUUCCGGAGCACAAAAGGCCUCCUCCACCAUGACGUACCUGAAUAAUUAAAUCAAACAUAGCAUCAUCUGACGUCAUAUGUAUAUUAUCUAAAUGAACAUUUUCAUGGCGUCAUUGAUUUCGUCAUCAGUGAAAUGAAAAUACAGCCAUCAUGAAAUCUAGCAACAAAUUUGAAUGCCAGGCUAAUGGAAAAUAAAACAGCACGAAGAUUUCUUAAUUGAUACAUGUAUAUGCAUACCAUCUUAAGAUUAUUGUACAUGUAUAAAUGUUAUUUUGACUGAUAAUUUAAAUCUGUUUGGGAGUAUACGAAGCACGUGGACAUUGCUUAGAAACAGAUGUUUUAUAACAACAUCUUGUUUAAUUUCUUAUUGCAUUUCAUAUGUUUUUGAGAUUUUUCUAUAUUUAUGCAAGCUUGUAUAUAAUGGUAGUUUUUUUUUUUCUCAGAGAAAGUUAUUUUUAUAUCUAUUUCAUGCGGUUACCAUAUUGUUGACCUUCUUAUCUACGAACUAUAACUUAAAAAAAAAAGAAGUUGUAGACCUAUAUAAAGUAUGAUUGACUUAGUUAUGUAACUCUUCUUAUUACAAAUCGAUUCAUUGGUGCUAAUUUCAGCGGAAACGCACGAAGUAGACCGAAAUAUGUUUAAUUUUUGUGUAGAUACACUAAAAUGCAUAAUUAUGACAUUUGUUCAGAACGUCUGUUGUUAUUUUUAUUAAGUGAACAAAAAUUUGAUUUAUUUCGUCCUAUAAUGCGUGGAUUCGUGUAUAAGUAAAAAACGAUAUAUACUCUUUCUGUAUAAAGCGAUGUAUGUGAGGUCGGUAAAUGUACAUGUGUAACUGUGCUUGACAAGAACUAUUUUAGCAUUUACAUCUACAUGGUUAUAUAUAUAAAAAAAUUAAACCAAAUAUAAGAAACUAACACCAACUUUUUUGGGUGUGUUUUAACGUAACAAAAAACAUGGUGAAAACAAAAAACAUAAAAUAUCAAUUGUGUACAUGUUUAUUAAUUUCGAACAUUUUUAUUAAUUUUGAACAUGUUUAUUAAUUUUGAACAUGUUUAUUAUUUUUGAACAUAUUUAUCAAUUUUGAACAUGUUUAUUUAUUUUGAACAUGUUUAUUUCAAUAAAUUUUGAACAUGUUUAUCAAUUUCGAAAAUCCUAUCAGUACGCCAAUAUAAAUUGUGAUCUUGCACGAUUUUUCAGAUUCUCGAGAUUGCGUGUUUUGGUGUUGAAUAUGUAGAUUUUACAUGUACAUGUAUGUUUGAUUAUUGACAAUAACAUUUAAAUAUUGAUACUUAUAAAGAAAGGGAGAGAAAAACAUCAUACAACUUUUUUUAAGAAAAGAAAAGGCUUAUGUGUAGAUCUAUAUUCAUAAUUGUGCAUGAAUUAUUAUUAUCUUAUAAAAGGUUUUAUUCUGUAGAUAGGUUUAUAUAUUUUUUGUUAGAAGUUUCUAUAGUUUAAAAGAAAAAAAUAGUUCGUUUAAUUUUAUGCGGAGUCAUUUCCCAGGGUACUUUGCCUUUCGGUGUACUAUGUUAAUUUUAGUUUUGUUUCUAAAAUCUACCACAUGUAUCUUUCUUAGGAAGGUACGAUACGGACCAAGAGGUUUGAGUCUCUUUAGCUAAAUUCAAGGUUUCUCAGACCACCCGAUGGUUUUUAUUUACUUCUAAACUGGUCAUAUAUUCAAUAUUGACUUCACUAGCAUUUAUCAAAGUUUGUUUCAAAAGAUAUUCUUAAAUUCGUAGAGCUUAUGCUUUUACACACUAGAUAUAUUUUAAAUGCGUUAAAGCAAAUAAAAUUAAAUAUCUUAUAUA